UCCACAGAUGGCAUCUACAUGGAGCCGCAGAGCAGACACAGGAUGAUCGACUUGACAUCGGGUCAAAUGUCAACGCUAAUUGGGCACGGACAGAAGCCAUGAAGGUUGUCAACGACCACACGCAACACCUCAAUCACCUCUUCAGCGGCAUGAUUAGUCCGCCGGUCAUCAGGCUUGCCAAGCAGUUGACAGGAGCUGGGCCUGCAGGUUUCGACAAGGCCUUCUUCCUCAGCACUGGCGGCGGAAGUAACGAGGCUGCUAUUCACCUAGCCAGGUUCUACACCGGGAAGUUGGAGAUAGUUGGAGUGGCGGCUGCAUAGAAUGGCAUGGCCGGUGCAUCAAUUGGUACACAAUGCCACACUGGACGCUCUGGCUACGGACCCAACAUGAUUGGCAACCUUACGCUACCCACACCAAACUCGUACCGUUCGAUCUUCAGGAAAGCAGACGGCUUGCAUGAUUGGAAGACUGAGCUAAACUAUGGUUUUGAUCUUCUGAAUAAGCAAUUGUGCGGGUCACUUGCCGCAGUCAUCGUGGAGCCCAUCUUGUUUAGCGGCGGUAUGCUCGAACUGCCUCCUGGCUACCUGAAGGCGCUCAAGCAACACUGCAAAGCGAGGGGCAUGCUUCUCAUCUGUCGUAAGGCACAAAUAGCGCUCGGAAGAGUUGGAGACAUGUUUGCCUUUACACAUCACCAAGUAAAGGAAGUCUUUGUUGA